AAACAACGUCCUCCCCUCCAAACUUAAAACCUCGCCUCAACUGAUCAAGCAACUGUUUAUCUGCAGCUCAGGAAUCAUGCGGUCCUCCUACUUUAAUCUCCUUCCUGCGCUCUCCCUAUUCUCCCUCUCCGCAGCCAUCUCCUCAUCCUCUCAACCACAGUCAGCCGAGAUCCUAUGCUGGCCUGUAGCUUCUCCCGAACCGUCCGUCCUGGCUCACGUCUCCUACGAUUCGACCACCUUGCAACCGGAGUUCACCUUUUCAUCAACGAAUAUCGCUGCAGCGUGCGGUGACAACGAACCGCAGGAUGUAUCCAAUGACUUGAUCCGCCUGGGCUUAUACACCUCUACGUCUACCAACACCAAACAAUGGGUAGGGACCCUCGCCUCACGGUCCUCCCUUAUAGGGAGUGAGAACGACAGGCCAACAAUUCGGCUUCACGUCGGCCCAUCCAACAAUAUUUACUACGUUGACUUGCUGCCGUCCACCUCAUCAACUUCUUCUCCUUCUACGCCAGUAAGCCCAAAGCUGGAGCUGUUGUCUAGUCAAGCGGGUCCACGCCCACAUCUCAAUCAGCCUAUUGUGCUUGGUCCGGAUGGCAAGAAUGCGGAGGAAGUCGUCGAGAAAACCAUCUUCCAAAAAUACUGGUGGGUUUUCCUCAUUGUCACCUUCUUGGCUAUGUCUGGCGGUGGGGAAAGCCAGUAGAUUCUUGACACAAUCAUUUCGUAGAUCAACUGUUCUCCUUAGACAUGGUAUACUAGUGUUACUUGGCUAGGUUUGUUGCUGGGUGCAAACCCCCCCAAGACUUAUUUUAAUUAUGAGCAAAAUCAAUGUGGUCG